AUGGCAUCUGAAACCACCACGAUUACGACCCUUCGUAAUGUUGCGAUCAUCGCGCACGUCGACCACGGCAAGACCACGCUCGUCGAUAAUCUGCUCAAACAAUCGGGCAACUUCCGCAGCGGUGAACUCGAGAAACUCGAGGGCGGUCAGCACGGCUUGAUCCUCGACUCGGGAGACCUCGAGCGCGAGCGCGGGAUCACGAUCUUGUCGAAGAACUGUGCCGUGCAGUACCACGAUCCAUCGGGGACGGAUUACCGCAUCAAUAUCAUCGACACCCCUGGUCACGCGGACUUCGGUGGUGAGGUCGAGCGCGUGCUGCGUAUGGCGGACGGCUGUCUGCUUGUGGUUGAUGCGUACGAGGGACCGAUGCCUCAGACGCGCUUCGUGCUGACCAAGGCGCUGGAAGCCGGACUCAAGCCGGUCGUUGUGGUUAAUAAGUGCGAUCGUCCCGAUGGCGAUCCGGAUCGCGUGAUCGGCGAGGUGUUUGACCUGCUCGUCGCGCUGGGUGCGGAUGAUGAUAUUUUGGACUUCCCAGUGGUGUACGCGUCGGCGCGUGAUGGGUGGGCCGUGGACGAUUGGGAUGGGGAGACGAAGGGGACCGACCUGCGUCCGGUGUUCGAGGCGAUCACCAAGCAUGUGCCCCAUCCGGAUGUGUAUCUAGAGAAACCGCUGCAGAUGCAGAUCACGACGCUCGGUUUUUCUGAGUACGUCGGACGCAUCGGCGUCGGGCGCGUCUCGCAGGGGACGAUCCACGCGGGACAACCGAUCGCGCUGGUCAAGCAGGACAAAGAGGGCAACGUCACGACCAAGAAAGCGAAGAUCGUCACGCUCCAGGGAUUCGUGGGUCUUGGGAAGAAGGACAUGGAGUUCAUCGGCGCGGGAGACCUGUGCUCGAUCUCUGGUGUUGAGGGAUUGGACAUCGGAGACACGAUCUGUGAUCCCGAUCAUCCGGAACCGAUGCAGCGGGUCGCGAUUGAUGAGCCGACGAUUUCGAUGACGUUCAAGGUCAACGACUCGCCGUUCGCGGGACAAGAGGGCGAGUUUGUCACCUCGCGUCAGGUCAAGGGGCGUCUCGAUCGCGAGCUUGAGCACAACGUCGCGUUGCGCGUCUCGACGGGACGGACGAUGGACGAGUUCGUCGUUUCAGGGCGCGGCGUGCUGCACCUUGGGAUCCUGCUCGAAACGAUGCGCCGCGAGGGGUAUGAGCUCGCCGUGGGUCGUCCGAUCGUGAUCGAGAAGGAGAUCGAUGGGAUCAAGCAUGAACCGGUCGAAGAGCUGGUGAUUGAUACUCCCGACGAGAGCGUCGGUGCGGUCAUGCAGCUUGUGGGCGAGCGCAAGGGCGAGAUCGUCAAGGUCGAAGCACGCGGCGAUGGGUUGACCCACUGUGUGUUCGAGAUCACCUCGCGGGCGCUGAUCGGUCUUCGCAGCCGAGUGCUCACAGCGACGCAGGGGCAGGGGAUCAUGCACCAUACGUUCCUCAAGAUGGUCCCGGCGACCGACGAGCGUCCAAAGCGACACUGCGGCGUGAUGAUCGCUUCGGAGACGGGACCAGUGACGGCGUACGCGGUGGAGAACCUCCACGAUCGCGGUGUGCUCUUCGUGCGUCCAGGUGACAAGGUCUACUCCGGACAGGUCAUCGGCGAGUGCAACAAGAACACCGACCUCACGGUCAACAUCGCACGCGUCAAGAAGCUCGACAACAUGCGCAGCGCCAACAAAGACGCGACAGUCACGCUCAAGGCACCUCGCGACAUCUCGCUGGAGCAGGCGCUUGAGUACAUCGAGGAAGACGAGUACGUCGAGCUGACCCCGACCUCCGUGCGAUUGCGGAAGGUUGAGCUCAACGAGUCGGUCCGCAAGCGCGAUGCACGCAUCGCCAAGAGCAAGGCGCUCGCUGAGGAUUGA